ACGUGCUGUGCGUGCUCCUCACUCGUGGGUUGCAUAGGAAACUCCAACUCCGUUGCAUAGUCGGUUGUUGUAGUUGAUCAGGUAUUGUACAAGUCAGGGUCAUUCAGCGUCCUGAAGCACUGACUAGCACUAACUUUCGAACUAAAAUUUCAAAACGAUCAAAGAAGUACGUCCUAUCAAUUGAUAAAAAUGAAAAUCAGUGUCAAAAUUAUCAAAGGCAGUGAAUGUACGAUAGAAGUACAAGAAGACAUGAGUAUUGCAGAAAUGAAACAGAUCGUUUCCAACAAUCUUCAAAUCCCUGUGGCCAGUCAAAAACUAGUUUACCUUGGGAAACCAUUGAGUAAUGAAAAACGUGUGAGGGAUUAUCCACAAAUUAAGGAUGGAUCAAAAUUGAUUUGCACUGUUCUACCAUCAACAGUCACUCAGAAGCAGCCGGACGACCAGAAUGUUCUUAAAAAUGCAAUGUACAAAUUCCUGACAAAUUAUUAUAGCGCAGCAGAUGCCUUGAAAAUCCUCACACCGUUCAUGAAAGAAAUGGAUACAUCCAUGUCUAGUUUAAGUCUUGACGACCUCGAACGAUUUGCUGUAACUUAUGGCAGUGAAGAAAAGCUGACCACUUGAUCCAAGGAUACUUUUUGACAGCCUAAAGCAUAAGCUUAAUGUUAACAAUUUUUUAUCAAUUAUCAUCAUGUACAGUUGUAAAAUAGUUAUUCAUAUAUAAUUUUAGAAUAUCUGAUAUUCCAUGUACACUAUAGACUUAUUUUUUUUAUUUCUCUUUCUAUCUCUAUGCUCAUAUGAUUUGCUCAUGUGUUCGUAAAUCUUCGGUACUGAAGUGGUUGUGGCUGAUUAGCCUGACAGCUACUCAUCUUUGUUUUAUUUGUUUGUUUUAGUUACUAAAUAAACGUAAACUUUUCCCAAUUUUUA